CUCAUAAUUCUGAGUUUUACUAAAAAAAAAAAGAGAGGGAAUAGCUGGAACCGAAAAGGCAGGGCAAAGGUUUCUCCCUUCUCCGAUCGAAUUCUCGAGUCGAAAUCAUCCGCUUUUCUUCGAUUUGUGGUAUUUCUCCUUCGCCAUGGGGCUAUGGGAAGCUCUUCUCAAUUGGUUACGAAGUCUCUUCUUCAAGCAAGAAAUGGAGCUAUCUUUAAUAGGCCUUCAGAAUGCUGGGAAAACAUCACUUGUAAACGUUGUUGCUACUGGUGGAUAUAGUGAAGACAUGAUUCCAACGGUUGGAUUUAAUAUGAGGAAGGUAACUAAAGGGAAUGUGACAAUAAAGCUAUGGGAUCUUGGAGGUCAGCCCAGAUUCCGUAGUAUGUGGGAGAGAUACUGUCGUGCAGUUUCGGCCAUCGUGUAUGUUGUGGAUGCUGCUGAUUUUGAGAACUUGCCUGUCUCAAGAAGUGAACUUCAUGACUUGUUGAGUAAGCCUUCACUUAAUGGCAUUCCCUUGCUGGUACUGGGUAACAAGAUUGACAAACCAGGAGCUUUGUCUAAAGAGGAUCUGACAGAGCAAAUGGGGCUCAAGUCCAUUACUGAUAGAGAAGUUUGUUGCUACAUGAUUUCUUGCAAGAACUCCACCAACAUUGAUACGGUUAUUGAUUGGCUUGUGAAGCAUUCUAAAUCAAAGAAUUGAGUCUCGGCUUGUAAACUUUUCAUGCGGUCAUUCAUCUCGAUUGUUAAAGAGUGGAUCUGAAGCUGGUGAAAGUGGCUUCGGCUGUUCUGUCUAACCAGGUUUAUUGAUUAGUCUGACCGUGGUCUUUCUCUAUUUGGCUUCAGUUGCAUUGUUAUUUGUUGUGUGGGGUUAACAUCUAGAGGCUCUGGUGCAGACUUGGUUUGGAUGUUGCAACACGCAAAUGAUUCGUAUUUUUUGUAUAUAAAUUGUUCAGUGUGUUUUAUAGUUUGAACAUGCUACAAGCCUUGGUGGUUUUGGAUGGAA